AUGCUUUUCAAUCAAGUUUUUGCUUUUCUUGUUUUAAUACUUAUUUUAAAUGCAUGUGCCGGUCAAUUACAACAUCCAUUCAAACAAUGUUCACCAAGAAGUACUGGUGAGAUUCUUAAAGUUUCGGUCAAUACUCCAUGUACCAACGAAUAUUGCACAUUUUACAAGGGUGCUGAUGCUCGUCUUGAAUUUUCAUUUAAAUUACGAAAGAAAGCUCAUAAAAUACGGGCUAAAGUAGUGGCAACCAUCGGUACAGUUGAUCAUGAUUUUGCUCUACCAAAUCACGAUGUUUGCCAACAACUCGGAUGUCCAAUUCAAGCUGAUGUGGUUUAUUCAUAUCACAAUAGCAUGUUUGUUAGUCAAACAUAUCCAUCGGUUAAAGUGAAUCAAAUGCGAUACUAUUUAAUCGAUGGUAAAGGACGUGAGCUUGCUUGUGUCUUAUUACCCGUUAUGAUUACUGAAAAAGACUCAAAACAAUAA